AUGAAUUAUAUUCGUAACAUCCUCAAAGACAACAAUCUCUUCACUUUUCCAUUCCAGUCGCAAGUACAUCGAAAAGCUCCGCUCAUCGUCUCCUACCCAUCGAGCGAGAAGCUCCUUUCAGCAUACGGAGGAAGGACCGGAGGAAAACGGAAAAGAAAAGCCAGCAAGAUUACCGGCCGCGACGGGGCUUGCGGCAAGUAUUGCGGGACUGCUCCAUCAUCCGCCAAGAUUUCCUUUACCAACUUCCGCCAGUCAUUCACCAGCAAUGUUAACUACUUGAAACGAAGGUUCUCAUCGGGGGACCUAAGCUCGGAGGUGGACGAUGAGUCGUCCUCGAACACGGGGCUGGCCUCCGUGGGCAGGCAGGACUCGGCCCAAACUUACCAGGGAGUGCCUGAGCGUCCGCUCCAGUCGCAGCCACAGCCGAUGGCGGCACCGAGUCAUCCGGUGCCUGGUGCCCCACCACCGGGCAGCGACCUCAGCUUGAUCCUGCGCCCGGGCUCCAAGACGACCAGCGCUCCGUCCUCGCCAGCCAAGACACGCGAGAGUCUCCUCCAGAGGGUGCAGAGUCUCACCGGAGCCGCGCGUGAUCAGGGCGCCUCGAUCCUGGGAGCCGCGGUGUCGGGAGCUACGCGUGGCCAGGGUUUCGGUAGUAAGGACCGGUUCUUCACCCUCCUGGUAAUCGACGACCAGAACACCGACUGGAGCAAGUACUUCCGCUGCCGGAGGAUCCAUGGUGACUAUGAGGUGCGCGUGGAGCAGGCCGAGUUCCGCCAGCUGUCACUGACGGCAAACGAGGCCGGCACCAUCGUUUCUAUGGCCGUAUAUCGCAACGGGACCAAGGUUAUCAGGUCCUUCAAGCCGGACUUCGUGCUCAUCCGGCAGAAUUUGCGGGACGCGAACGAGGACUACAAGAAUCUGCUCCUCGGCUUCAUGUACGGCGGCAUACCCAGCGUCAACAGUCUCCAGGCGAUUUACAACUUCCAGGACAAGCCCUGGGUUUUCGCUCAUCUCCUCGAUAUGCAGCGUCGCCUCGGCAAAAAUGGUUUCCAGAUGAUCGAGCAGACCUACUAUCCCGACCAUCGCGAGAUGGUAAGCGCACCGGGAUAUCCACUGAUAGUAAAACUGGGACACGCGCAUAGUGGUGUUGGUAAGGCUAGAGCCAACAACAACCAGGAAUUCCUCGAUUUAGCAUCGUUAGUAGCUGUGACCAACCAUUAUUGCACCGCCGAGCCGUACAUACAUACCAAAUGUGAUCUACACGUGCAGAAGAUUGGGAAUAAUUACAGGGCCUUCAAACGCAAAAGUAUCACGGGCAACUGGAAGUCUAACACGGGUUCGGCGAUGCUCGAGCAGAUGUCCAUAUCGAAGAAGCAUCGCUCCUGGAUCGAUCAAAUAUCCCAGCUUUUCGGUGGCCUGGACAUCUGCGCCAUCGAGCUGCUGGUCAGCCAGAACAAUAAAGAGUACAUCAUCGAAGUUAACGAUAGCGCCCUCUCACUCAUGGGCGAUACCCAGGAGGAGGAUCGUCGCCACAUUGCCGAUUUGGUAACCUCGAAGAUGCAGACUCACUGUCGACCAGCGGGUUCUACGAGCUCGGUGUCGAGCUCCUUGGACGUGACGAGCCCUUCCGAGGAGAAAACCAAUAGCGGGUUCGGGUUGGCCGGCAGCAUCGUCGGGGCUCCUCCCGUACCAGGCUCCUACGGCAGCAGCAGCUCCCUCACGAGCGGCGUCGGCUCCACUAGCUCGACCACGGCCGAGGCCAUCUGCGGCACCGCCGAUCACCAGCAGAUCCAGCGCCGUGACUCCUUACUGUCCCAGUCGAGCACGACGAGCAGCAACGCGGCGUCGGUCGGCUGGCGCCAGGAGGAGCCGCCCCCGGUGCCGCCGACCUCGCGGUUGCCGUUCCAACGGCAGGGCAGCCAAUCCCACACGGGCAGCGAGGACAGCGAGGACACCAUGAAGAACCUGCGGAAGACCUUCGCCGGCAUUUUCGGUGACAUGUAAGCCAACCGGCUUACCAACUUUCCCGCUUGAGACGAUGUGGCGGAUUUUCUUUUGUCGUUCGUCGUUCGUGCGCGCGUUUCCCACUAUUUCACUCACGAUAAACGAAAGGCUAUGAGACUGAUGUAGGCUCAGACAUUUCUACGUACCGAGACUAAGGAAAUAGAGCAAAAAGUAGAUUUAAAGACUCAGUGGGAGAACGCGCCCUCGGGAUCUCCUUCUCUCCACCUCGCCUAGCCCCAUCCCCUUACACCCCCGCCGUCGCCCCGUCGCCCCAUCGCCACCGCUAUCCACCCACACUACCACCGUUUACUAUAUCGCUCUAUCUCUAUUUGACUAUCAGCAACUUUCGCAUAGUCCUCGAGGUAGCCUAACUUUUUCAAAGCUGGGUUUUCUUCGGGCUUUGCCGAAGCUCGCUUAACGGCGGGAGGGGGAUUGGGAUUAGUUUUAUUACAUUUGCCAAUUUGACGGAAUCGGCUAAUGUAAUUAUAAGGCUUCGUUAAUUAGGCUUAUCGCGCGACAAAAGAAACUCACGUGUCUGCUCUCGGUAUCUUAUUAAUCGUUAUGAUGCACUAUUUCCUUAUUAUCUCUAAUAAGAAAGAAAAGAUGAAAUAAUAAAAAUGUAAAGAUGGAGCGUUUUUCCUUUUUGAUUCGACGGGUACUUUAACGAAUAGGGAUAAAUUAAAGUUCCUUUGGAUAACUGAGAGAAAUUGAAA